UCAGCACAUGAAGCUGACAAUGUUCUCGUUUCUGAUUGCUAUUGCCUUUUUUUUACCCUGAGGGGUGAUAGAAUGUUGUAGCUGCACAGCCAGGCUCACAAAUCUACUGUCAGGCAUUAAUGGCAGUCCCACAUUCCUCACGGGUAGUAAUAACACAACGGCAGCUACGCAAACACACAGAGUUUAUCCCCUCCAGUCGAGGAAAAUAAUGACACACAAACGCAACCUCCUAUUGCCCCAUUCAGUUGCACUGCCUGAGGAAGCUGCUGUGCAGAGAGCUGUUAUAGCAGGUGAUCGCCCUUAUUUGGUAAUGGCCCAGAUCAUGUGACCACAAAAUGGUGGAAGCUGUGAGCUGUUUGUAAGCUGAGCAUCUCCACCGAGAAGGCUGGGAGCAGGAAAUAGGCAGGGAACUUGGAAGUACAUCCAUGCUCUGAGACGCAAGAGGACAGAGAUUCCCGAGCCCCAGCAGUGGUCCUCCUGGGGAUGGACCUGGCAUCAGAGAGUAAAAUGAACUCUGAGGGGGGCGAAGGCAGACCAGUUCCACCUACCUCUCUACCCCUGCAAGGAGGUCCCACCCAACGAAAAAAGCUAUCUGCCCCUCGUAUCAGCCUCUCACUGGACCAGAGCGAAGAUGACUUGGGGGAGACGCCAGAUGAUCUUGACAUUAACGUCGACGACCUCGACACUCCAGAUGAGGGGGAUUACUUCGACUACACGGACCAUGAAAUGGACUGGGAAGACCCCAAUGCUGCCAAUAGGAGUGGGACAAGUGAACCUUAUGAUCCAAUCCCGACGUACAGCGCUGAGGAGGAGCGCCAGGACGGCAAGCUAUGGAGAACGGUCAUCAUUGGGGAGCAGGAGCACCGCAUCAACAUGAAGAUCAUUGAGCCCUACAUGAGAGUCAUCUCCCAUGGAGGCUACUAUAGCAAUGGAGUGAAUGCCAUCAUCGUAUUUGCAGCCUGCUUCCUGCCAGACAGUGACAGAGAGGACUACCAUGAAAUAAUGGAGAACCUCUUCCUGUAUGUGAUCAGCACACUGGAGCUGAUGGUGGCAGAGGACUACAUGAUCGUGUACCUGAACGGAGCCACACCCCACAGAAGAAUGCCUGGCCUUGGCUGGCUGAAGAAAUGCUAUCAGAUGAUUGACAGAAGGCUCAGGAAGAAUUUGAAAUCCUUCAUUAUUCUCCAUCCAUCAUGGUUUAUCAGGACCGUUCUCGCUAUUACCAAGCCCUUCAUCAGCACCAAGUUCAGCAGUAAGAUUAAGUAUGUGACCAGUUUGGACGAGCUGCAGGAACUCAUCCCCAUGGACUGCAUCCAGAUCCCAGAGUGCAUCAUUAGACUUGACAAGGAACUGAAGGAAGCAGCAGAGAACUCAAAAAUGAAUAGUUUUCUGUAUGGACCGGAGCCAACAGCAGCAGGCAGAACAGAACCAGACGAAGCCAGUGCCAGCAGCUCUUAAACCCAAACAUCCUAAAGGGACGGGUCACCUCAAUGUUCAGAAGUCACUGUUGUAUUUUAUGAGUGAAGCUGGAAAACAAAGGCAAAGGCUUGUUAAGCUAGUGUGUGCGUGUGUGUGUGUGUGUGUGUGUGUGUUUUUUUGUGUGUAUGUGUGUGUGUAUGUGUGUGUGUGUGUGUGUCAGUGUUUGUCAAUUAGACACUGGGGUUUAAUAUGAAAACACAACUUAUAAUAGUACCUGUUAACACUCAGAGUUAGACCUCAUUCUUUAUGGCUGCUGUAGCAUCUACUGUACCUUAAACCUGCAAUCCAGAGAGCUAUAUAGUCAAGUGUGAUGCUUCGCAGCACUUACAGAGUAGCAUCAUUGUUCACGGUAGGGUAGGAAAUGCAAUUACACACCAGACAGUGCACUGCGCAAAUCCAUUUGUAGAGUCUAUAGUGUUGUAGUUGUGUGCAUGAGAAGCAGUGAAGCAAUAAUAUCACCCUUUACUGGUCACACACUCUCAGUAUUUCAGAUAAAGAAGCACCGUGUGUGUCAGCAAUCUACAAUAAAAGCACAUGGUUUUAGCCAAAAAAUCCUUGUGCCAUAGAUGAUGACCAACUAUUGCAUUUAAGCAACCCAAUCCUCUGUCUUAACACUUGUUCUAACUAGAAAAUAAAUCUACAAAUAAAUAUUCUAACUUUAUAGUCUAUCUGAAACCAAGGAGGAAUUAGUUAAAUAUGAAAUCAAGUUAUCAGUGCAAUGUGAGAGCAUGUCUUUUUAGCUCUGCAAAUAUCUGUGUCUGUGUGUGUUUUCAGUCUGUUUCUGUCAAAUACAAAAAGGUAAACCGGGAAUCAUCCUUAUCUUCUCCUGCAUCAUCAGGAAGAAACCUCAGAAGAAAAUAAAGUUGGGAUUUAUGUAAAGCACAAAAUCUUCUCUUUGUUUGUGUGUGUGGACACGCAUGCAUGUGUUUGUGCAUCAGUGCAUGUCCCUUCAUAGAUAACCGAUAGUCCUCUUACACGUGCGUCUUCUACUGUGGUGUAUUGAGGAUGUGCAAAGCAAUUAUGGAUCACUGUCUAGUAAUUCAAUAAAAUGGACUAAAGUCUGAA